AUGUCUCUCGCUGAUGACUCCAACCGCGUUGUCGAGCAAUUCGGCUUCUCUGACGAGACCCUCAACAAUCAUGUCAAGGAAUUCUUGAAGCAAAUGGAUGAGGGCCUUCAAAAGGAAGGCACCAGCCUACAACAGAUUCCUACCUACGUCACUGGAGUUCCCAAUGGCACAGAAAAGGGCCUCUACCUAGCCGUUGACCUGGGAGGCACAAACUUCCGAGUUUGCUCCAUCAUGCUCAAUGGCGAUACCACAUUUAACCUCACAUACAACAAGGUUGCCAUCCCCAAGGAGCUUAUGGUCGCAAAGACCUCCUCAGAGCUCUUCUCUUUCCUCGCCAAGCAGAUCGAGAUCUUCCUCAAGGAACACCACGCCGACCACUUCAACUCUCACCUGCGCCGCCGCAACACUGCCAGCGCUCCUUCCGGCUACCGCGAUGAGCACAUCUUCCGCCUGGGUUUCACAUUCAGCUUUCCUGUCAAGCAGCUUGCCAUUAACAAGGGCCUGCUGAUUCGAUGGACCAAGGGCUUUGAUAUUCCUGACGCCGUGGGCAAGGAUGUAUGUGCCCUUCUUCAGACCGAGAUCGACAACCUCCACCUCCCCGUCAAAGUUGCCGCUCUCGUCAACGACACCGUCGGUACCCUCAUGGCCCGAUCCUACACUUCAACAAGCAAGGGCCGAUCUGUCCUGGGUGCUAUCUUCGGUACCGGUACCAAUGGAGCCUACAUGGAGAAACUCGAUAAUAUCAAGAAACCCAUUUCAGGCAAAUAUGACGAGUCAACAGGUGAGAUGGUUGUUAACACAGAGUGGGGUUCGUUCGAUAACCAGCUCAAUGUUCUGCCCUCCACACCAUGGGACAAGGCUCUUGACGCCGGAAGUGUGAACCCUGGCGAUCAGAUGUUCGAGAAGCGUGUGUCUGGUAUGUUCUUGGGUGAGAUCGUCCGACUGGCUGUGGCCGACAUGAUCAACAACGAGAACUCUGCACUAUUCAAGGAUCUCAACUCGAGCACGAACGACUGGGGUACCACUACCACCAUCGCCCCCACAUCUGGCUUCCUCAAGCCCUGGGGACUUGAUAGCUCCAUCAUGUCUGUGGCGGCUGCUGACAACACCCCCGAGUUGUCCACUCUUCGCCAGGAGCUCGAAAACCUGCUCAAUGUCUACACCCCCUCGCUUGAGGACGCCCAGGCCUUCAAGGCUGUUUCCAACGCUGUUGGCCGUCGUGCUGCUCGACUGGCCGCUGUCGCCAUUGGCGCCAUUGCUAUCAACACUGGCAAGCUCGAUGAUAUCAGCGAAGACGUUAUCGAUAUUGGUGUGGACGGCAGUCUUGUCGAGCAUUAUCCCUUCUUCCGGGAUAUGAUCUACGAGGCCCUCCGAGCCAUUGACGGCAUCGGCCCCAAGGGCGCUGAGAAGAUCCGAAUCGGUAUCGCUAAGGACGGUAGCGGUGUUGGUGCCGCUCUCAUUGCCCUUGUGGCUGCUGGCAGGGAGAAGCCCGAAGACUACUUGACUAACUUGAGAUCUGAGUCCAACCGCGCUCGCAAGUCUUCUGAUGCGAUCCUCGACUCAGCACCACUCUCUAACCAGGCACUACUAAUCGGUGGUGUCGUUGGUGUUCUUGCGCUAGCAGCGAUCUGGUACAGCAAACGGCGAUGA